AGCUUAACUGGUACAGUCUCGACAGAAAAACGUAUGAAACAGGCAGCAGGAGAACAGAAGAUGCAGGUUAUACAUCUGAGACCUUGACCUACUAGAGCAUGUUGAAAACCAAGAUAGUGUACAGCUGAAUGGUUCGAGGAUGUCUGAAAGGAUGAAGGUUGAAGCAGACGAGCUCAAAUGUCUCAGCUUGGUGUCCCCCAUACUUGCUGCAUCCACGUCAGAACUGGACCAGAAACAAGACAGCAAAGAUCUCAUCCAUCAGAUGUUGGUGGUUAAAGAGGUUCCCUGUGAUUGGAGCUCCAGUUUGAACCACCCAAAGCCCCAUCUCGUAAAGAAAGAAGAGGAGGAACUGUGGAUCAGUCAGGAGGAAGAGCAGCUUACUGUGAACAAUGAUGAUGAAGAGAAAUAUCAAAUCAAAACUGAAGACACCAGAGAGACAGAAGGUCCCACUGGCAGAUCAACUGAACAAACGGAAACAGAACCCGAUAAAAAGGACAGAGGAGGACCAGAAUCAAACAGAAACACAGAUACGCACUGUUCUCCCCAACAAAGUAAGAUGAUAUCUAUGCUGUGUUCAAAACUUACGGCUCAGAAUGGAGAAAAGCCAUUUGGUUGCAAUCUUUGUGCCAAAAGUUUCAAACGUAAGACCUCUGCUAAAUUGCACAUAAUGACUCACAUUGGAAUAAGAGAGCAUAGCUGUGACCUUUGUGGUAAGAGCUUUAAAGAGAAGAGUUCUCUUCAAACCCACAUGAAUGUCCACACUGGAGAGAGACCCUUUGCCUGUGAGGUUUGUUGUAAAAAGUUUCAUACAAAGAAACAUCUUAAAGCUCACAUGAAGCUCCAUUCAGAAGAAAAACCUUUCGCAUGUGAUGUUUGUGAUACAAGAUUUAAGGUAAAGGAAAGUCUUAAAAAACACAUGAGGAGCCACACCUCAGAGAAACCUUUUGUUUGUAGUAGCUGUAGUAAAGCAUUUUCUCAACAAGAUCAUCUAAAGAGACACAUGGGUGUUCACACAGGAGAGAAACCAUUUAUCUGCAGUGUUUGCAGUAAAGGAUUUUCACAACAAGUAAAUCUAAAAAGUCACAUGUGUGUUCACACAACAGAAAAACCGUUUGUUUGUACAGUUUGCUGUAAAGGAUUCUCACAGAAAGACAGUCUAAAAAGUCACAUGCAUGGUCAUACAGGACAGAAGCCGUUUAUUUGUAGUAUUUGCGGAAAAGGAUUUUCACGACAACGAAAUCUAAAGAGUCACCUGCGUGUUCACACUGGAGAGAGACCGUUUGUUUGUAGUGUUUGUAAUAAAGAAUUUUCAAUUCAAAAGAAUGUAGAAAGACACAUGCGCGUUCACACAGGAGAGAAGCCAUUUGUCUGUAAUGUUUGCGGUAAAGAAUUUUCAUUACAAGGAAAUCUAAAGAGACACAUGCAAGUUCACACGGGAGAAAAACCGUUUAUUUGUUGCGUUUGCUGUAAAGGAUUCCCACAAAAAGACACUCUAAAGAGUCACAUGCGCGUUCACACUGGAGAGAAACCGUUUAUUUGUAGUGUUUGUGGUAAAGGAUUUUCUUUAAGGAAGAACUUGGUGAGACACAUGUCUGUUCACUGAGGAGAGAAACCAUUUGUAACGUUUGUAGUACAGGGUUUUUGCUGCAAAUUCCUCUAAAAAGUCACAUGAAAGUUAAUGUAAAACAUAAAAACAGUUUUGAUGUGCCGAGAAAAGCGCCAGCAGGCAAUUUAGGUGAAGUGUCUCGCCCAAGGACACAACAACAGAGACGAGUGAAGCGGGGAUCAAACCCCCAACCCGACAAUUGCAAGAUGAACUCCCUAACUCCUGCUCCACUGCAGCUCCCACUUUUGGAGUCAUUCCAGACACAAGAUAAACUUCUACUAGAUACGUGCAACUUCUUGCAGCUUUGUCUUUAUGCAGAAACUUUUCUGUACAGAUACAGUAUUUGGCUCUGUGUGGAUGUAGCCAUAGUUUUUUUUUUUUUUAUGAUUACAGAACAAUGGGAUCCUUGGCUCUGCAACAAGGACAAGUCAUUAAGAAGCUCAAUAGAACACAGUUUCCAAUAGUUUAACUUUGAUAUGAACUAAAAUGAUCUGAAUCAAACAUUUCUACAAAGGUUGGUUACAAGAUACUGGUGUAUCUUUGAUACUUCCUGCCAGUAUUUAUUUACUUCAGCUGUAUUUUUCAUUCACACAUUUAUUAAGAAAAUAUAUGUUCAUGUAUUCUGGUAAAAAUCUUUUGCAUUAAAAACUCAUUGUCAAACAUGUUAAAUCUCUUAUUUAAUAAAAGUGCUUUAAAGCCA